UUUUAUUCUCCAUAUGCAUAAUAUUUAUAAAACCCCUAUUUCAGCUGCUGACUCUUGAGACCUACAUUCUUCUUAUUGAAAAAGCCUGGAAAAAAGCAAAGCCAGAGGGAGCAGCAGAAGAGGAAAAGCUGCUAUUAUGCAUCUGAGUUGUUGUGUUUCUGCGCUGCAGGGAUCCCUGGCAGGACGUCCCGUGGUGCGUUUGGAUCUCCUCCCGGAGCUGCGACGUCUCCCAGGUCUUUUCAAGCUUUGAGCUCUACAACAUGAUUCGCCUCGGAGUCCACCUCAGCCCCAGCUCCAUUGUUUGGAUUAAGCCACACAAGUUUGACUACAGCGACUUCAGUCAGUGGUUAUCUCUGCUGUUGUAACUCGAGCCAAAAAUACAAUAUGACAUUUUUUAUUUUCCCACCUGUUGACAGAGGUGUAAGUAAACCAUUUGAAAAUAACAGUAAUAACUUCUGCUCUCUCGCUUUCCCACCCGCAGCCUUCAGCCCUCCGUCUGUCUCCGUCUCUUUGACCAACGACAGCCUGUCUGUGAAGGUGCAGUUCCCCUGCGCUACCAGCAGGAGGUGCUCCCGUGACGUGUGCUGUCCCAUCUCCACGCUGAUAGACCCCUGGACCACCGUCACCGUGUUCAAUGAGCUCAACCGCUCUGACAACCAGAGCCGCACGGUUUGGACUCAGGAAGUGGUUUCCGUCGUUGAGUUCUCGGGUUUGUCUCCGGGUCAGAACUACUGUGUCGAGGCCAACUUCUCCUUCCCGACCUUCUCCAUGGCUGCUUCCCCCAAAUCCGCUCCAGGGUGUGUGGAAACUGGCUCCAGAUCAGGGACGCUGCCAAUGCUAUGUCUUGGAACUGGUCUGUCCUUUGUGUUCCUUCUGUUGUUUCUCAUGGUGUUUCUGCGGAAACCCAGACGGGACCGACCGGCCCCCGACAAUCCACCUAAGGCUCUGGCAACUUCUCAGGACGCAGAGUCUUUGGCUACGCCCGUCUGUGUCCCUGUCGAACCUUGUGACCCUUGUGACAUUCACCUGGAGCUAAUAGAUGACCACGGCUCAGUCGACUGGAGCGUAGAAAACAAAAGCUCAAGCCAACUUGUGCAUCAUGAUCCCUGCAGAGGUGUGGCAUGUUGUCACAAUGGAGGACAGAGGCAGAAAAAAGGCUUUGACUCUGGCUUAAGGAAUCCCACUUUGUCCCACUUCUGUGUGGAGACGUCAGAUGAAAACUGAAACGCUGAGACUUUUAAAAACGGUUUUCCUCGCAUUGUUUCAUUAGGCUCGUUUCACCCUGGAUUAGGAACACCUCGUGAUCUCCCGGUCUCCCUACUUUGCCAGAAAUGUUUUCCACAGCUGCUUUUUCUGUGGAAAUUUCCUAUAAAAAAACGAGGUUCAGGAGAAAACACAACCAGGAUUUACCUGAGUCAAGUUGCCCCCCGACCCUCUUACCGUCUUCAAAUCCAACAAAACUGGUGUCAAACAUUUGAGCAGUAAAAACUUUGCUUGUGCCGCUAUCAUUUUAAAGAUAUCAAUAAAAAAAGUUUCCAGAGGUCGUCAUCGACAUCUUCAAAAGCAAAAGCAGCACAAAUGAAAAUGUUUGCUGCACAAACGUAGCUGAGUUGUUUGAUUUUGUAAUUGUAAGCAUGGAGCGGAGGUUGACCUAUUAUGACCUCUGAUGACUUCUGGAAACUUUUUAAAUUAAUAUCUGUAGAACGAUAGCGGCACAAAUGAACCAAACCCAGCACAAACGUAGCACAAACAUUUGACACCCAUUUCGUUAGAUUUGGGUGACGUGGGUCGGACGGUUGACCUGUUGACCUUGAAGCUCUCACUAAUUUCUUCAAAGCAGAAGCAGCACAAACAAAACAUUUCGCUGCACAAAGGCAGUUGAGUUGAUUGACACCAAUUUUGUCUGACUUGAAGAAAGUUAGGGGGAUGGUUGACCUCUUGUGACUUCAGGGAACAUUUAUUAAUAUCUUUAAAAUGACAGCAGCACAAACGACAAUUUUUGCUGCGCAAACCUUUGACCAAAAUUUUGUCAGAUUUGAAGAAGGUGGGAAAGCAACUUCACUCAGGUUCAGGAUUUUAAUCAGAAAGAUAAGAGGAUGCAGAUGAGGGAGGUUUUGGUACAAAGUGCCUUCCUGAGUAAAUCUCUUUUUUCAAGAAGAAGAAGAAGAAGAAACUCUUCACUUUGGUGAACCAGCCAAUGCACAAUUUGGAGGUGUGUUCGCUUCUCCACAUCUCAUAGCCCUAUUCUUCCAGUAAUGUGGAACUGGAAAAUGCAAAAUGAAGACUUUCUUGGUGACUUGUAGGUUUUCAGAAUAGAAAAUGACCCAUACUACUAAUACUGCCAAAUCAGUUGCAAAGUGGCCUAAGGACAACAAAGUCAAUGUCUGGGAGAGCAUAAGCCUUCAACCAUUUGGUUGACUUUAAUGCUGUGGCCCGGUUCUGGUCCAGAAAGUACGACUGUAAAUUCACUACUUGAUGUGUUUCAAUGACAAGACUCUAGGUUCACUUUACUGUCGAAGUCGCAUGACUAUUUAAAACACAACUCCAUGAACAGAAACGGUUUUAAUUGAGACGGUCAACAAUGACUCGUUUCACAUACAUAAACCAGAUGAGCGUUGCACUGAUUUUAUUUUAGUUCAGACUUAAGAUUUGUUUGCUUGUUUCCAAUAUUUAAAGCACCUAAAUCCAUGUUUUUUUGUUAAAUGUUGCCUAUGACCAAACAGAUGUUUGCUACGUUGGCAGAAAUUACUGGUGAACGUUAUACUUUCUAUCAAAACGGAGUUCCGAAAGAACAUUAUAACACGAAGAAUGAUCUAAACCAGAGAGAAUAAUCAAGCGCUAAUCCAGAGCUAUUUUAAAACAGGUGUGAGAAGCAGAUUAAUUUUUAAAGAGAUGUACAAAUAAUAAGUUCAAACACAGGAGGAAAGUCAAAAGAAAAUGCACUCUUGGAUGUUGCUGUUUGAUGUAAUUCCUCCAUUCGUGGAGAAAUCUCUAAAUGCCUCUGAAACAGACUGGUGAUUUAUUCUCAGCCGUUCUUGAAUUUUGUUUUUCUUUUCUUCUUUUUUUUUUUUUUUGACCGGGUGUUUCAGGUGAUGAUGUGUUCCAGUUUGAGAUCUUUUGCUCUAUUUUGUGUUUUUAGUUUCUAUUAAAGUUUACUGAUGAGAUACGUCUGGCAAAAUUUUUUUCAUGUUAAUUUUAAUAUUUAUUUACCCAUAACAUAUCAAACACGGUCAUCAAUCAGAGCUGCGUCGGUAUAUUUAUCUGUUUCUUGUGAUUUUGCGGUGGCGCAAUAGGGGAACUUAGCUGCUGGGGCAAAAAUAAUUUCUCCGUGUGUGUACAUAAUCACAGCUCAGUGAAGAAUCUAAAUCUGGUUGUGGUUUUUCUCUGAGCUGAGACCCAGUUAAAGUCCAAAAGCACGAUCGUCUCAAAACAAGAAGCACGAACAUGUUGAAAACACCCCCCACUACAUUUAGCAGCCGGGGAGACAACAACGCAGACUUUUCCCCAUCAUUUAUUGUUUUAAAAAAAGACACGUCUGACUCACUGUUGCCCCCCCUGCGUGAAAACAAAGAGCGUCUUGUCAUCUCCGUGUUGCAUUCUUUCCAGAACAUUGAGGCUCUUUGUGGGUUUGGCCAUCCAGAACUGUUUGAACACCCGGACCUGGGAGGCCGCCGCGGACAGAGCCAGUGGGAUCGGGUUUUAUUAAUCCGCUCGGCGGGAAGGACUGGAUGAUCGCACGUUGAGCUGGCUCGUUUCACCAACACCUGAUCACACAACAGCCGAGAUCCGGGACGCGUUCAACGGGCAAGAAGCGGGGAUGUACGUAUGCGAUUUGGAAUAAAGUCGCCCGACUUGAACGGAAGUUGAUUCGUUGUGCUUUUAAUUAGCGUUAGCAUGGCGGCAUUUUUGGUAGUUUCAGUUAAGAAUAGUUUGUAUUUGUUUUGAAACGGGGAUCAUAUUAUAUAACAUAUAAAACCGUGGUUACAAACUGACUAUUUUCCUAUCUUGCUCUCUCGAAAAAUCAUUUUCACACAUUAAACUGUACCGCUUCUCGUAGUUACCGUGAUCCUUUCGUCCGAUGCAAACGGAUACACCUGUUAGCUAGUGCUGCUAAUAGCAGUUAGCAUGUUCCGGUGCUUUCCAAACUGGCAACCAGAACAGGGUUGGGGUUCUGUUUAGUCUCAUUAGGAGUUAUGAGCUGCAUUUUCUUUCUGAUGGUUUCUGUUUAUAGCAGAAACAUUUUCUGCAGUUAUUUAGCUUCGCAGGCAUUUUCUAGCUAAAAGUGAAAUGUAUGAGUAGCUUGAAACGCUAGUCAAGUACCACCGCUGAGAGUCGUACAACAAGUUUGAUCAAUUUGGAUCUAACACAAACUGCUGAGAUGUAACUUUUUUUCUUUUUUGAGAAUGGAGGUGUUUUACUUUUUUGUCUAAAAUCCUGAAACAAAUGGUUUUGGAAAAACAGAUUUUGAUCAGAAAAUCACCCAAAAUGAAUCCGUUGUUCCAUCAUGAAGUGUCUAAAAGAUCUCAAAAAGCAACAUAUAACAACCCCAAUUUAAAAAAAGUUCAAGAAGGGAAGAGAAACAAAGUCACAGACUCCUCUCAGUAUGGACACCGAGAGCCAUUUUACGUAUGAACAGAGAAAAUACUGAGUGUAACAAAUGAACAUUGAAGACUUAGCAAGGUCACAAAUGAACUUUGGUGUUCAUGAUUCAAAAGGG